AUGUCGUUACUGCUUAUUAUUUUGUAUUUGUUUCUCUUGAAGGAGAGACUUGUGGAAUGUUUGGUAGCACAAAACUAUGCCAGUGACAGUGAAAAUCUUAAACCUAAUAUACGUCGAAGAAGUGAAUUCAUCGUUGGUGAAAAAUUCCGUGUCCGAGUGGUUCUGAGUGAAGAUUUAAAAAACCAUUUACAGUAUGAUUUAUUCAAGAAAUGUCGUUCAUCUGAAAAAGAUGUUGUGGAAAAAGUCCAAGUCAAAAAGUCAGACAAAAGUGACUUUAUUCUUUUUAUCCGCUCGGGUGAUUAUGGACCUCACACAUCGUUGGCUACAGCUGACACUUGUCAGCUGGAUUUAGACACGAAUAGACCAAUCGCCGGUUCAAUUACAAUUUUAUCAGCUAUGGAAUCUAUUGAUCACAACCCAGGCGAAUUGAAACGAGUUAUUAUUCAUGAAUUAGGACAUACAUUCGGCUUCGAUUAUCGGUUGUUUCCUUACCUACGUCAUGAUGAUGGUAGUCCUAGAACAAGGCGUAACCAACAUACUGGUGAACCGGAAUUGCCAACAAAUGCCAACGAAGGAUUAAAAGCUGAUCGGACAUGGCAUACAGUCGCCGGUGAGAAGACGUACAAGAGAGUCGCAUUAACAUUACCAAGUGUAGUCAACUUUGCAAGAAAUCAUUUUCGAUGCAAUAAGCUUGAUGCGGUUGAUCUAGAAUCGGAUGGUGGCGAUGGAAAUAAACAUUCACACUUCGAACGACGUCUGUCUAUUGGUGAAGCUAUGUCUGCUACUUGCGACAUCAUGGCGUCUGUUUCCGGUUUAACUCUCAGCUACUUCAAAGAUACUGGGUAA